GUUCCAUCGUGUGAAGACGGGAUGUGUCAAUGCUAGGUGUUCUUCGUAAAGCGGAAAAACAAGGUCAUUUUAAUGGAUUCCCACGAGGUUGUCAUAAAACUUCGGGACUUGAACCCUCAUCUCGUCUGUAGUUUGUGUGCUGGAUACUUCGUAGAUGCUACAACUAUAACAGAAUGUCUUCAUACCUUCUGCAAGAGCUGUAUCGUGAAAUACCUUCAAAGUAGCAAGUGUUGUCCAACAUGCAAUCUCAAGAUCCAUGAAACACAACCUCUAGUUAACCUGCAGCUUGACAGAACAAUGCACGAUAUUGUACUCAAAGUUGUCCCUAAUCUAUUCAAAGAUGAAAUGAGAAGGAGACAAGAAUUUUAUGAAUCUAGAGGUCUUCCAGAUAUUAAAACUCAUAUUGCUUCAGUUCCAGAAGAAGAAAAAGCAAAAGGAUGUGAAGACAUUGUAAAAAAGGACUUUUCAGGACAUAGGAAUAGCUAUAGAGAUGACAAUCUGGUAUCUCUUUGUUUAGAAAGGCUUGGAUAUGUAGAUGAAGAAAAUAUGGAAGAAAGUGAAAAUGAAGAAGAAAAUUGUCAGUCAUCAUCACCACAGCAAUCAGUUACCAAGGUGAUAAGGAAAAAAUACCUAAGAUGUUCAGUAAGAACAAUGGUCCUCCAUUUACAAAGGUACCUCAAGGUCAAGCUACAUGUGUCUAAUCCUAAUCAGAUUGAGAUAUACUGCAAUGAUCACAUUAUUCAUCCUUGUCGAACAAUGAAAUUCAUAUGGAUCACUGAGUGGCUUGACAAGAAACCACCUCUUGUAUUGCAUUAUAACAUCAAAGACCAGUGAAGAAAAGACAUUCAUCCGUCUUGGCAUCCUGACCAAGUGAGGCAUGGGAACAGGUUGCGGCUUUCCCUCCUUGUAAAAGCUCGCAUGCGCAAAGGACAGAGGGUGCAAUGUUUUCGGUGCGACAUGUCUUUGCUGUAUAAAAUGCGAAAGUCGUCUUGCGGCGUGAAGAUUUAACAUCAACUAUCUUAUCUUACACAAAUGUUCUGACGCAUACCAAUGCAUCCCAUGUCAUUGCAAAGGUGCGCAAUUGAGCGAAAAUUAUCUAAAUCACAUGAAAUUUCAAAUAGCACAAGAAAGAAGUCUGCCUAUGGAGUGGGCUACCUACGGAGUUUCUCAACAAGUUUCACAUCAAUCCAUCAGUUAUUUUUAGUCAGCGACUGAAGAGAAACUAGUUCCAGAGCCUGCGCGUGCGUCGGAUAUUCUUAGUCAGCAAAGAGAAACUAGUUGCUCCCCUUGAGAAACAGGUUUUAAGAACAAGAAAUAGAAAGAGAUUUUAAAGUAAAUAGGAAAACAUCUCUGUAAAUCGAUGCAUUUUCCCUAACACUAAA